AGUUGAAUAAUUUUUUAAAAUAAUAAUUAUGUGUUUUUUUAUUUUAAUUGAUUAACCACAGCCAUGAUUACACAAAGACUGCGGUUCACGUGACACUACAAACGCUUCAAAGCAUUUUAUUGACCAAUCGGUACAAAAAUUUUACGAAUUGACCAAUCAAAAAAUGCUUCAAAGCAAUUGUAGCGAUAGCUUCAAGACCAAAAUAAAGAAUAGAACUGGAUAGAUCAAAUUCUUUAAAUUUCAUCACUAUGCAGGUAAUAUGCAGAAAUAUGUCUACUUGGAUCUUUUUUUACAACUGUUAUGAAUAAGUAAAUAAACAUUAUUGAUAAUUAUCAUCUUAUUACAAUUCUUUUAUUAUAAUUAUUAUAUAAUUUAAUAGGAAAUGAGCUUUAUGUUUUAAUUAUUUUUCUAUUUUUUUUAUUAUCAAAAUUGGAAAAUUGCAGAAGAUGAUGAAUCGGACUAUUGACACGACCCGUUUAUUAUGAAAAUGUGAUACAGAAAAGGUGCUUGUUUUGUAAGUAACUACAAAGUGCUUAUGAACAUAACGAAAGCACACGUAGAUCAUAUAAGUUAUACGUGAAAGAUUGCACAUUGUGCAGUUUCUAUAUGCGUAUUUGACUAUUGACUAAUGAUGUCUCCAAUAAUUAUUUUUGCACGUUUUUGCACAUUAAUAAAUUAUAAAGAGAGUAUAAUGUUUUAAGCAAUUGAAAAAAAAACAAUUGAGAUUAUUAUAAACAUUAAAAAAUUUAAUAUUUGUAAAAAAUGUAUCAAUGAUAAUGAAACAUUAAUGAUUUACAUAAGCAAAGAGUAACGGCAAGUAUAUGGAGUAUGAUUUAAGAAAAUUAGGGAUUAAUGUGUAAAUGUUUCUUUACUGACUGCUGCAAAGGAAUCUAAAUUCACAGUGAUAAUAUAUGCUGUGGUAAUUUCAAUAGGUGGCUUUGCUCGUUUCAUAAUUAUUAAUAAAUUCUUCUCGACAUCAUUUUCCACGACUAGCCAGUUCAUAUGAAAGAUGUUAUCAGUUAAUUGGAGACUCUAUAAAAUAAUAUGCAUACACACAAAAUCAUAUUUCUAACUUCUACUAGUCUAUUUUAUUGUAUACCUUUACUUUGACUUUGUUUCCAAACCAACAAUAAACAAAUAUUUGCACUAAUAUGCAGGAUGUAUACAUAAUUAACCAAAUAUUAUCUGUAGUCAAAGUUGAUAUAGUCAUAGAACUUAUUUGAUACAAAUUGCAGUAAAUUAUUAUUGCACUUGCUACAAAUUGAAGUUCAAUUAUUUUUGUAAAUACUACAUUUAUUAUUUGUACAAACCUGCAAUCAAAAUUUUACUUGUAGAAAACAGUUAUCCCUUAACAUACAUACUGAGGUGUGCGACAGAAGUACUUCAAUACAAUUCUUCCAUCAUAGUUUCGUCAAAUAACACAUAAUAAUAAUGCUCAAUUAUACAUAAUCUUUCAGCGUUAAAAUUAUAACUUACUAAAAAAUUUGAUUAUGAUGGCGUAUGCAGUAACCCACACUAAAUUCUUUACAUAGCAUUUUCUUGAAACGAUAUUCUAAUAUUUCAAUCUGACAACAUAUGUGCAUUAAGAAUUUACACAUGAGAUUAUCUGUUGCAACGGUUACAAUAACGCAAUGCCAUGCGCUUAACAUUUGUCGAACAAAUACAAAACAAAAUCUUAUAUCAGAUGAAUAAUCAAAUGGUAACCAUUCUCUAAAUUUUAGCUUUUUGUACCUAAAGUCAGUCAGUAUUGCAAACAAAGUGCCGCAUAAACCCGAUAUUAUCAUUAACGUUGUGUAUUGUUUCUGUUUUAUCGGGGUGGUGAAAUUACUCCUCACUCCGUGGUUUCGCGUCGGUAUAUGAUAGUUUAUUUGAGUUUAUUAAUACACCUCUUUUAUAUACACUUGUUCGCAUUUGGGGGCGCGUUUGCUUCCCAAUUAAAUGUUUUGAAAUAAUCGGUUGAGUGCGUCGCCCUUAUGGCCACGUGGUGACGGAGCCUGUGAAAUCCGGAUCACUUAUACACAGGCACUGCGCGUUCUCGACUAUCGUAAGCUGCACGUGGAGCUCACCGUACGAUACUUUGGUGCUACCUGCUCGAAUAUUUCGACGGAAUAGGACGAUUGGCCCAACAGUCGCCCUUUAUUACUUUUAAGAAGGGUUUCUAGAAAAUUUUGGUAUAUUCUCGUGACCGGAACUUUCUUCUUUUUUGUGUUAAAAUCAAAUUUUUACGUUUGCUAUUAGAUAAUAUUUUAGCUCAAUGUUUCAAAUUUAUUCAUAUUUUUUGGUCAAAAUAAUGAAAAUUGUCAAUAUGGCAAGUAAAAACGUGGUCUGGAGUUUGAUAUAUCCCAAUGUGACUAGCAUGGAAUUUUUCGGAAGUGUGACGAAUUAAUAGUAAUAAUGUUUAAAGCAUAAUUUAUUACUAUUAAUACGCUCUUCUAUAUUUUUGCUUUCUUAACUCCAAUCUUACACCUGGGAUAAAAUAAACCUCACUGGUUUUUGACUUUAGUUUUAGACUUAGUUUUCUGUUUAGCUUCAUGAUUUUUUUUUUAAUUGUAAUUUAAAACUUAAAUUAUGUUAAAAUAAAUUUUAAAUGUUAUUUUUAGAAGUUUGGAAAAUGUUAAAAAAUUUGUUGAGCCAAAAUGUUUGAUAAUAUACGAGUAAUUAUUUAUAAAAGUUGGGGUGUAUUACAUCCCUUGUGUGUAGAAUACUGAAUUAUUUGAUAGUGUGUAGGAUUAGGGUUAAUCAGGUUAUAAUAUAUUAUGUUCGCUCUUGCAGAUUUGCAAGAGGGACAACAGGAUUAAUAGAAGUAUUAAUUCUAUUAUUAAUUUUAAACACAACAUUUUUGUCAUACUUAUAUAUUUUAUACUUACAAAAAUGAUUUAAACUAUAUGAAGUUAUUGCUUCAACUAUAUUUUUUCUACAGCACUUUUACUUACAAUAUAUGUUCAUAUUUUUCUACAUUAUUUUAUAUUAUACACUGCACACACUUAUACACAUAGGAUUGUGUUUAUAAUGUAACAGAAUGUUAAAGCAUUUGACUGGAAUACAACUGAUACGAUACAUCUCUAAAUUUUAUAUUUUUUAAUAUAAUUUAAUAAAGAACAUGUAUUAUAAUUUUUAUAAUCAUUCGUAAUUUUCAAGAAUUUCUGUUUCUUAUUUUUCGAUUUAUAUCUCUUAACAAAUUCUUUUUCUUAUGAAAUAUUAUUAUGUCGUGAUAUCAUAUGCAAUAUUAGAUGUCUGUUUAAUGAUUGAAUUGUGUUUGCAUGAAAAUAUUAUUACGCAUAGAGCAUAUUCACAGUUUAAAUAAUAAAAGUCCUUGUGCAUAUGUAGAGGAAAGUUGAACAUCGUAUUAUUACCUGAAGAUUGCCAGAGACUAUAGACAUUUAAAUGAUCGUCAGUCUCUUAAUAUUUCGGUCUUCAAUGUCUGCAUCGUUAUAAAGUUCUAUCGCUAUCAAUUCUAUCAGUACUAAACUACAGCUAUGUUACAGUGUAUCUAUUUCUAACAAUUAUUUUGAAAAAUAAUAUUGGACAAAUAAUUUUUCUGAUAAAUUAAUUAAUAAUAAAUAAUUGCAUAACUACAAUCUUGAAGUUGUUGGAAAUCAGAAACAAAGAAUGCAACACGUUUGUUAAGUUACUUUUCAACAUGAGAGAUAAUUCAAAUUUUUGAUGUGAAAAGAUGGGUGGAAUUAAAGUUAAAAUGUGCUUACUAGGAUUUACAUUUAAAAUUUUAUCAAGUUGCGGUUGCUGGAUACCGGAUUCCUGCACAUCUCCACAGAGACGUUUAAUGUAUCAUGUAUAUACUAUUUUUAUACUUUUACUGAUAAAUACGUUUAUGUUGUCGCAAUUGCUGGAUAUAAUUUUGAUUGUCGACAAUUCGGAUGAUUUCACGGAUAAUUUUUACAUGCUGCUUGCCAUGAUUGUUUCUUGCUUCAAAAUGUUUAGCUUAUUAAUAAAUCGUAGUAAUAUUGCCAUGCUAACAGACAUUCUCAUGAAUAAACCAUGUAGAGCGUGUAAUCCGAUUGAAGUUGAAAUACAACAGAAAUACGAUAAGCUAAUUGAAAAAUGCAUGCAGCCACUUUACAGGACAAACACUCUGUAUUACAUGAUCCUGGUUGAAUUAUCAUGUGCAUUUACGGCAGUUGUAUCAUUGCUCACGGAUUAUAGGAACGAAAAAUUAACAUUCAGAGCGUGGCUGCCAUUCGAUUACUCCUCUUCGUCAACGCUUUUCCAGUUUACGUAUUUUCAUCAAUUAAUAAGUCUGACAGUUGGAUCUGUCCUACAUAUAGCUUGUGACAGUCUUAUUUGUGGAUUAUUAUUGCAUAUAUGCUGUCAACUAGAGAUAUUAAGUUGUCGUUUGAAAAAUAUCGUACAUAAUCCAAAAAUACUUCGCGACUGCGUUAUUCAACAUAAUCUUCUAUUUAAGUUCGUUUAAUAAUUAAUAUCAUAAUAAAAUUUAUCUUCUUUUAUAAUUUUCUUAUUUUGCAUUAUAGUUUUUUAAUCUUUUACGUAAACAUAUAACAAAUAUUUUUUUGUCUAAAAAAGAUAUUU